GUGGGCUUUAUGGAGGCCUGGAGAGCGCAGUUCCCUGAGUCUGUCCCGCCAGUCAUGGAGCUGAACUCCGUGGGGGACAUUGCGCAGGAGCUGGACAAAUGCAAGGGCUCCAUCAAGCAGCUGGAGACAGAGGUGAACAAGGAGCGCUUCAGGAUGAUCUACCUGCAAACACUCCUGGCCAAGGAGAGGAAAAGCUACGACCGCCAGAGGUGGGGGUUCAAGCUCAACGAGGAGAAUCAGCCUCCUGCUCCAGAAGCUCUGCCACCUGCAGACAGCAAUGGGGGCAGGUGCCCUCAGCCGAGGGAGGAAGGCUCCACUCCCAGGAGUCGCUGGAAGACGAGAGUCCCGCGGUCCAGCCCGGCGCGGAGAGGCCGGAGGCGCUGGAGGCAGAGCACUCGCACGGAGGAGAGGCGAACAAACACAAGAGCACAGGGUCGCCAUGGAAACCUGUGCCCGCUCAGGAGCCCGAGGCUCCCCAGGACUCCUCUCCCAAAGAGAGGCUCGGUGUGGCGGCCCUGCGCUCCAACUUCGAGCGCCUCAGGAGGGGAGACUCCCAGCCGGCGGAGGGGAGAGGGCCGCCCGGCCUGGCGGGGGCAGACAGGCCCUCCUACGUGAACAUGGAGUACCACCAUGAGCGGGGGCUGGUGAAGGUCAACAACCGAGACGUGUCGGAGAAGAUCAGCAGCCUGGGCUCCCAGGCCAUGCUGAUGGAGAGGCACCUCACAGCAGGGGUCGGCCUGAGUUCAAGGGAGGGGUGCAGACCCGUGCAGCGCAGAACCCCCUCCGAGGGCAACGCUGCCAGUCUGGACCGCGAGUGUGAGGACCCAGAGCUGAACGCCCGCUUGAAGGAUAACCUGCUGCGGCUGGACGGGGGCAAGGCAGAGGUCCAGCCCCAGUGCCUCCCCUACACCAGCGUCUACGUGGGGGGCCUCAUGGGAGACGGGGAGGCCCUGCCGUGGUCCAGUCGUGGCCCUGAUGUGGCCCUGACGUGGCCCCGGCGCUCCUGCUCCCCGCGCAGCUUUGAGGACGGCUACACGCCGGACUGCAGCUCCAACGAAAACUUGACCUCCAGCGAGGAGGACUUCUCCUCGGGCCAGUCCAGCCACGUGUCUCCCAGCCCCACGGCCCCGCACCCCCUCAGCAAGAGCCGCUCCCACUCGCAGCACUCGCAGCAGUCCCUGGAGAGCGGCAGCCCCCCCACCCCGCACCCCCAGAGGAGACCCCAGCAGGCGGGGGGGCGGCCCGGAGUGACCAUCACGGGCGGCCGCAAGAUUUGGCCCGGCGACGGGCACUCCACCACCUCCAGCCGCACUUCACAUGACAACAGUUACCAAGGAGAUCUGGAUGUGUCGUGUGGGGGAACUCCUCCUGCGUACAGUUUUGAUGCUGAUCAGGGGGAGGAGCUUCAUGACCUCACUCUCUACGGAAACGACUCCCCUUCCUCUUCGCCACGAUUGCUUUCCAAAAGCCACGGCGACUCUCACACACCCCCGUGUGUCUCCCUGGAGCCCAACCCAUCGAUUGAGGAGCAGGUGGAGAAGGAGCUGGAGAUGAGGAAGUGGGUUCUCUCAGGGAUCCUGACCAGUGAAGAGACUUACCUCAGCCACCUUCAAGCCCUGCUUUUGCCCAUGAAGCCGUUGCGAGCGGCAGCCACCACGUCUCAGCCGGUGCUGACGCUGCAGCAGAUUGAGACCAUCUUCUUCAAAGUGCCUGAGCUGCACGACAUCCACAAGGACUUCUACAGCAGCCUCCUACCCAGAGUGCAACAGUGGAGCCAACAGCAGAGAGUGGGAGACCUCUUCCAAAAACUGGCCAGUCAGCUGGGUGUGUAUCGGGCUUUUGUGGACAACUAUAAAGUUGCCGUGGAAACAGCAGAGAAAUGCUGUCAGGCCAACAGCCAGUUUGCAGAGAUCUCAGAGAACCUCAAAGUCAGGAGCACCAAAGAAGGGAAAGAUCAGAAUGCCAAGAACUCUUUAGAAGCUCUUCUGUACAAGCCGGUGGACAGAGUCACCAGGAGCACGCUGGUUCUGCAUGACCUGCUGAAACACACACCCUCGUCCCACCCUGACUAUCCGCUGCUUCAGGACGCUCUGAGGAUCUCACACAACUUCCUGUCCAGCAUCAACGAGGAGACCACCCCACGCCGCCACUCCAUGACCGUCAAGAAAGGGGAGAAUCGGCAGCUGCUGAAGGACCGCUUCAUGGUGGAGGUGGUGGAGGGAUCCAGGAAGCUGCGGCACGUCUUCCUCUUCACAGACCUGCUGCUGUGCGCCAAACUCAAGAAGCAAACCGGAGGGAAAGGCCAGCAGUAUGACUGUAAGUGGUACAUUCCCAUGGCUGACCUGACCUUCAUCACCAUCGAGGACUCCGAGUUGUUGCCCGUCCCUCUCAUCCCUGAGGAGGAGCUUGAGGCCAUGAAGGUCAAGAUCUCCCUCAUCAAGAACGACAUGCACCGAGAGAAGGGAUCCGGUAAAGGUGGGAAGUUGAUGGAGCGCUUGAAGAAGAAGCUGUGUGAGCAGGAGUCUCUGCUCCUUCUCAUGUCUCCAUGCAUGGCCUUCAGGGUCAACAACAGGAACGGCAAGUGUUACACCUUCCUCAUCUCCUCCGACUACGAGCGAGAGGAAUGGAGGGAAAUGAUCCGAGAACAACAGAAAAAGUGUUUCAAAAGCUUCUCUCUGACAUCUUUGGAGCUUCAGAUGCUUACCAACUCCUGUGUGAAACUCCAGACUGUUCACACCAUACCACUGACUAUCAACAAAGACGAUGAUGACUCUACUGGCCUGUAUGGGUUCCUCAAUGUCAUUGUGCACUCCGCCUCUGGACUCCAGCAGAGCCUUAAUCUGUACUGUAAUCUGGAGGUGGACUCUUUCGGCUACUUUGUGAACAAGGCAAAGACGCGUGUGUACAUGGACACCACCGAGCCCAGCUGGAAUGAGGAGUUUGAGAUUGAGCUGGAGGGCUCGCAGACCCUGAGGCUGCUGUGCUGCAGUAAAGGCAAGCACUUCAGAGACAACGGUGACGCCGAUAAGAUCAUGGCCAAAGGACAGAUCCAGCUGGAUCAGCAGACACUUCAGGGCCAAGACUGGCAGAGGACGAUCAUCGCUACAAAUGGGAUUGAGAUCAAACUGUCCAUGAAGUUCACCAGCAGAGAGUUCAGUCUGAAGAGAAUGCCGUCCAGGAAGCAGUCUGGAGUCUUCGGGGUGAAGAUCGCGGUCGUGACCAAGCGGGAGCACUCUAAAGUGCCACUCAUCGCUCGUCAGUGUGUGGAGGAGAUUGAGAGGCGGGGCUUAGAGGAGGUGGGCAUCUACCGCGUUUCAGGUGUUGCCACGGAGAUCCAGGCCCUGAAGGCAGCUUUUGAUUCCAAUAAUAAAGAUGUGUCUGUGAUGAUGAGUGAGAUGGACGUUAACGCCAUCGCCGGCACGCUGAAGCUCUACUUCCGUGAGCUGCCUGAGCCCCUCUUCACCGACCAGCUGUACAGCAACUUCACUGGAGGCAUCUGUCUGUCUGAUAGCGUGGCCAAGGAGAGUUGUAUGCUCAACCUGCUGAUGUCACUGCCUGAACCCAACCUGCUCACCUUGCUCUUCCUGCUCGACCACCUCAAGAGGGUGGCUGAGAAUGAGGGUGUAAAUAAGAUGUCCUUCCACAACCUGGCAACCGUGUUUGGCCCCACCCUUAUGCGGCCCUCAGAGAAGGACAGCAAGACGCCAACCAAUCCCAUGAUGAUGACUGACAGCUGGUCUCUGGAGGUCAUGUCUCAGGUUCAGGUGUUGCUGUAUUUCCUUCAGCUGGAGACGAUCCCCACGCCUGACCGCAAGCGCCAGAGUAUCCUCUUCUCUACAGAAGUCUAGAGGACCCAACGCCACUGCACUGGACUGCCACUAAAGGGCGCUAGAGUAUCAGACUAUCCGCUUCUCCACAGAAGUCUAGAGGACCCAACGCCACUGCACUGGGUUGCCACUAGAGAGCGCUGUGCAGACAAAAAAACAGACCGCCUUAUUCUCGUCAUUUAAAUCAUUCUUUCAGUCUUCAAUCACAAUCACUUGCAGACAUUAUGCAUUCCAACACGUAUUUGCACACGAGAGAAUUAUUUUCCACUGGUUGUUUCUGUCUCACAGUACUUAUUAUUUUUGAAGGACAAAACAGUAGAUCACAGCACUUCAUUGUCAGUCAUAUCUAAAUCAUCUUUAUACAGCUUUCCUUUGGUCUACGGAGCACUUACAAUCAUUCUAUUCUGCUGUGACGAGCCAUUUAACUUGGCCAAAGGGCCUAGCAACCAUUCCACACACAUAGUCAGUCCCAUUCCAGCCGUUUGAAUUGGCACAUUCACCGUGAGGGUAGGUGUGAGGAACAUGUUUAAGAUGUGAUUGCUGACUAUCAGCUGGCAGAUGGGCCAACCUGGGAUUAGUUUUGGCUGGGGAUAGGUUAACCCAGCCUGCCAUCAGAUUUACAGAAGAGAAAAGAAUGCCUCAUUUACUGUUUAAGAGAGAACGUUAAUAGCCAGGCGUAGUUUACACAGAAGCAUAUGUAGCACAGGUCUCUAGUGUGCUAAACAUUCCAUGAUGCUAAUUUAUCUCACCAAAAUCCUACCCAACAUGCACUGUGUCUCUGUGUAGUACCGCAGUGCUCUUGGUCUCGCCGGCUCCCCGUGGCCCCGCUUGCCUUCUGCCUGCAACAUUCCCACUGUCGGAUGGAAUACUGGCGCUUAUCCCAGUGAAUCCACUUCCUAACACACUGAUGGAAAAGAGACUGAGACUAAUAUACUGAUGUGAUGGAAAAGAGACCGAAGUUAUACAAUUAUAGUCCCUGUGGUCCUGUAUCUAAGCGCUGAUACUUAGAGACGGUGUACAAA